AUGGGAUCAUGGGAGGAUAAUGAGGAAGGAGAUAAUUGGAUUACCUACGGAGCGGCGUUCAGUGACGAUGAUACCGAGGAUGGACGACAACGUGCGCUAUACUUCGGAAAACAUCGACCCGUUCCUACGGCUUACGAACAGCGAGUAUUAAAUGAAAAGGGUCGUCCUAUGCGUUUUCAUGGAGCAUUCACCGGAGGCUUCUCUGCUGGAUACUUCAAUACCGUGGGGUCUAAAGAAGGUUUCAAACCACGAAGUUUCCAUUCCUCACGGAAGGACCGUUCUCGAGAGGCCGACGAAAGACAGAUGGUGCAACGUCCGGAGGAUUUCAUGGAUGAUGAGGACUUCGGUGAAUUCGGAAUUGCUCCCAGGCGAAUCAGAAUGGCCCAUGGUUUUGAUGAUACUCACGUACGCGAUUCCAUCAAAGCUGCGUUAGGAGGCCAGUCCCUCAUUCCGGUGUCCAGUGAAUUCCUCAAAAACUUGAUUGUACCAUCAAAAGGUCCUUUAGCUGAACGGCUUCUUCGACGAAUGGGUUGGAGAGAUUCGACAGCGGUUUUGGAGUCCGAGGAAACGUGGAAUCAGCUUGACGAAAGUGACGUUUCUAGUAGCAAAGUGAAGGACACUGACAACUCGAACGAAAUCCCUCCAAUGCCAGCUCCAUGCCUCUUCGCAAAAAUCAGUUUUGAAGCUAAAACAAACACAUUCGGAUUGGGCUAUUCCGGUUUAAAUCCUGACGUUGCAAUGGGACGCCAAUUAACUGGGUCACAAUCAAACGCGCCAUGGGAUCAGUUGGGCGAUCGUCAUCCUGAAGAAUCAUCCACGGCCCUAAGUCGUCGUCAGCAGGCGGUACAAUUUCAGCCGGGAUUCAAUCCUCACACCGGCCCAUCACGCAGUGGGAUACGAGGUCAAGCUUUUGGAGUCAGUGUCCUUGAAGUUGAAGAUAGUGAUAUCUACGCACAAGAUAAAUUGGCUGAUUACGACUGGGAAAUCGGCGGUGGCCCAUCCUCAGCCGAGGACGAGGACGAAGAUGUUGAACAAGCGGAGUUGGAGGCAGCACGCCUCGGACGUCUAUCCUCCACUAACAGAGGUUCAACCACUUGUACGCCAAUCCAGUCAACUGGCAAGAAGCUGCAGUCGUCAAGAACAAUUGAUGGUUGGACCGCUCCGACUAAUUCCCAUGGUAAAGGUUCUACAGGCCGUGUAUCAGUAACCGGUUUGCUUCAUGGUUUCACACCCUCUUCGGAUUCGGACGAGCGAGCUCGAUUGAUGGGUGUUCCACCCACUAUCCGAUUACCACCAGGUUAUAUGCCCGUGUUCAAUCCCCAGUGUGUUCGUGAUCCGUCGCUUCAAUCAGGUCCAUCGGAUGCGUCGAGUCGAGGAAGUUUAUCAGGAGCUGAAUCGAUAGCAUGUGGGACCUAUCGUGGGAGACUGGAUGCCCUAUCUCGUGCACAGAUUCUCAGCGACCCCUCAACAGACUCCGUUCUGGAAAUGGUCAGUCCAAUAGAGCAAUUGCGUAUGAAAGCUGCUGCUGCUGGUCUACCCGUGCCGAAAGUAAAUGAAGAGACUGUGAAAAAUGAGGGGACUGCAUCUGAAACUAGUACCAGCAUACCCACUUCCAGUUUGGCUCAGUCAUUGAAAACAGACGUGUUGUUGAAGCCCUUCAAAACGGAUGCGGCAAAACAAGCACGUUUCGAGGCUUUCCAGGUGUUGUUACGCAGAGGAUUUACUGCAGAUCCAACUAAUAGUGAUUCUUCUUCGCAUACACCCGCUUCUCGUGGCACCCCACUGACCACCCAACUCCCAGCACACAAACAACAACUUGUAGCCAGCCUGCUGGCUUCCCGAUUCCGUUCGGCCGGCUGCAUGGAUAUCAGUAAGGAGCUCACCGAAUCGGAAGAGAAAGCGAUCCGAGCCAAGGUUGAGGUAGGUCUUUGUGCCGUAAUUUUUGUGCAUACUGCUGGGAUCCUUUGUAAUCUGGCGGAUGCUUCACUGUGA